AUGCCUCAAUCUAGCUCUGACCAGUCCAAGGGCACGAGCACAAACAAGACCAAGACCAAACCCAAACCCAAAACCAAGAGCAGCGGCAAGACCGAGACCAACACGAAGUGGUCCCACGAGUUCGAUACCCUCCGCCGUGAGAAUCUCUUUCGGAACCCGCCUCGCGACCACACGCCCUACCCAGCGUUGAAAGCUGCUAUUGCCCCGCAUAUAGAAUCGUUCAAUGCCGUCUUCGAGGACAACGGCCUCAUCACCCAGGCCUUGCGCGACAUUGGCCCCAAGACAUUUCUUGAUGGCGAUGCUCGCAGCCCGCCUGCGGGCAAGAACCAGUUGACUGUCAGGAUUAGAGAGGUUCGAGUCCUGACAUCCGAGCUACCCGACUCGAACAAGUUCUCCAAGGUACGGAAGGUUCUCCCCGCAGAGUGCAGAGAGCGUCAUUCCACGUAUCGGGGGAAGAUCAGGGUGCGAUUUGAGGCCUCCGUUAAUGGCGGCCCCCCCCGAGAAAUCACCCGGGACAUGGGUCAGCUGCCUAUGAUGGUAAUGUCAGACCUCUGCCACCUUAAAGAUAACCCCCCUGCCCUCCUCGUCGCACGAAAAGAAGAGGCCGAGGAGCUGGGCGGAUAUUUUGUGGUCAACGGCAUCGAGAAGAUUAUUCGACUGCUGAUAGUCAAUCGGAGAAACUUCCCCAUGGCCAUUGAACGGCCCUCUUUUGCUGGCCGAGGCGCAUCUUACACAAAAUGGGGCGUAAUAAUCCGAUCCGUGCGACCUGACCAGACCUCCCAAACCAAUGUUCUGCAUUAUCUCGACGAUGGAAACGUGAUCUUUCGCUUUUCCUGGCGGAAGGCUGAGUUCCUGGUGCCGGUGAUGAUGAUCAUGAAGGCUCUGGUGGAAACAAAUGACCGUGAAAUAUUCGACGGAAUCGCUGGACAGAACAGGUCGGAGAACUCCCAAAGCGAAUUCCUUUUUGGGCGGACCGAAUUACUGUUACGGACGUACAAGCAAUACGGGCUCUACACGAAGAGGCAAACCCGAGCCUUAUUAGGGGAGAAGUUCCGUGUAGUCCUAGAUGUUCCCGAUACUAUGUCCAACUACGACUGCGGGACUGAAUUCCUACGGAAGAUUGUGCUCGUUCAUCUCGGCAACGUUAAUGUCACGGAUGUGGAGGAUAACGACAAGUUUAAGAUGCUACUUUUCAUGACAAAAAAGCUCUACGCUUUGGUUUCAGGAGAGUGUGCUGUGGACAACCCGGAUGCCGUCCAGAACCAGGAGAUUCUGCUCGGUGGCUUUCUCUAUGGAAUGAUUAUCAAGGAGCGCCUGAAUGAUUGGCUAUCGCUUCAGUUGCGAUUAGCGUUGCGGGAUUGGCAGAGAAGAAACCCAGAAGAGAACUUCCAGUCUCCAGUAUUCCUGAAGGAACUCUCCGAGAAAAUAAUAGCCAAGACCAAUACGAAUAUUGGGGGGGCGUUGGAAUAUUUUCUUUCCACCGGUAAUCUUGUUAGCCCAACAGGUCUGGAUUUACAACAGGUUUCUGGCUUUACAGUCGUGGCGGAGAAGAUUAACUUCUUACGAUUCAUCAGCCACUUCCGCAUGGUCCAUCGAGGAAGUUUCUUUGCCCAAUUGAAAACCACUACGGUCAGAAAGCUACUCCCUGAAAGCUGGGGGUUCUUGUGUCCUGUCCACACUCCCGAUGGGAGUCCUUGCGGCCUCCUUAAUCAUCUCGCACACAAAUGUAGGAUUCUCGUACGGCAGGUGGAUGUCUCAGGGAUACCGAGGUUGGUCGUAAGUCUUGGGGCGGUAAGCUCAAACUCAUCGUCGACGGACGAGAGUGUUGUUGUUCAACUAGACGGCAAAAUCCUAGGUUGGUGCACCCCUAAGCAGGCCGUUGCAAUCGCAGAUAGUCUUCGGUACUGGAAAGUGGAAGGCACACACGGCGUACCCAAGGAGCUUGAGAUUGGCCACGUUCCAAAUUCGCGUGGCGGGCAGUAUCCGGGUAUCUAUAUGUCGUCGGGACCAUCUCGUUUCAUCCGUCCGGUGAAGUACUUGCCCUUGAACAAGGAAGAUUUCAUCGGACCACAGGAGCAGCCGUUUAUGUCGAUUGCUGUUACGGAACCAGAAAUCGUCUCGGGCGAGUCCACACACGUUGAAUUCGAUCCCACCCAUAUUUUGUCAAUUCUUGCUAACAUGACUCCUUUUUCGGACCAUAACCAAUCUCCUCGAAACAUGUACCAGUGUCAAAUGGGGAAGCAGUCCAUGGGAACACCCGGAACAGCUAUCCGGUAUCGAGACGACAAUAAGACUUACCGACUCCAAACUGGACAAACGCCAAUUGUUCGAGCGCCUCUUCACAAUGAGUAUGGAUUCGACAAUUUCCCUAACGGCAUGAACGCUGUUGUUGCUGUGAUAUCAUAUACGGGAUAUGACAUGGAUGAUGCUAUGAUUAUCAACAAAUCUGGACACGAACGUGGUUUUGGGCAUGGCACCGUGUAUAAGGUCAAGAAGUAUGACUUGGAAGAAGGCCGAGCUAAGUCUCGCUCGUACAAGCAAGCGAAAAAGAUUUUUGGGUUUGCACCAGGCGCGGAGAUUCAGGCAGGGUGGAGGAACUUCCUUGAUGCGGACGGUUUGCCGUAUAUUGGCCGCAUGGUUCAAAAGGACGACAUUAUCUGCGCAUGGCACACUGUAGCUUGGGAUGGGUCGGGCAACUUUGUGAAUAACGAUCGUCAAACGCACUUCGAGAAAUACAAGGAGGCCGAAACAGCAUUUAUCGAAGAGGUCCGACUAAUUGGAAGCGAGAAUGGGACGGAGCCAUUUCGAAGCAUGUCGGUUAAGUUCCGCGUCCCCCGAGCCCCUGUUGUGGGUGAUAAAUUCUCCUCCCGACAUGGACAAAAGGGAGUCUGCUCGCAGAUGUGGCCUAGCCCUGACAUGCCUUUUUCAGAAUCAGGUCUACAGCCAGAUAUCAUUAUUAAUCCUCAUGCUUUCCCAUCUCGUAUGACCAUCGGGAUGUUUGUCGAGUCUCUUGCUGGCAAAGCUGGGGCUCUUCACGGCCUAGCUCAAGACAGCACACCUUUUCGAUUCGAUGAAGAGAAUACCGCCGCCGAUCAUUUCGGUCAUCAACUCAUGAAAGCAGGCUAUAAUUACCAUGGCAACGAGCCAAUGUACUCUGGAAUCACUGGCGAGGAGCUCCACGCCGAUAUCUUCAUCGGAGUCGUUUAUUACCAACGCCUUCGGCACAUGGUCAACGACAAGUACCAGGUGAGAACAACGGGUCCCAUAGCGGAGCUUACUGGGCAGCCAAUCAAGGGAAGGAAAAGAGGAGGUGGUAUUCGUGUUGGUGAGAUGGAGCGUGAUUCCCUCCUUGCACAUGGCGCAGCCUUCCUCUUGCAGGAUCGUUUACUCAACUGCUCAGACCUUCAGCGCUCCUGGCUUUGCAAGCAAUGUGGGACGUUCUUGUCAACGCAACCUACCGUGUCCGAUUUGGCGAUGAGCUUUAAAGGCACCAAAGUGGUGCGUUGCCGAAGAUGCGCCCAUAAAGUUCAAGGAUUGCAACGUGGACCUGGGAUAUGGGACGAUGGGCAGGGCCAGAAGUGGCUUGGAGGUGACGACACAACAGUCGUAGCGGUGCCUGGGGUAUUGAAGUAUUUGGAUGUGGAGUUGGCUGCUAUGGGGAUCAAACUGAAGUACAAUAUCGAACGACCCAACCGGAUAGUGCAGGACCGCCGAUGA